AUGGCUUCAAGAUGUGAAGUUUUCUUGGAGAUUUUGCUUGCAAUCUUGAUUCCACCUCUUGGAGUUUUCUUUAGACAUGGUUGUUGCAGUUGUCAACUCUUGAUUUGCUUGAUUUUGACCCUACUAGGUUAUAUUCCAGGGAUAAUUUAUGCCAUUUAUGCAAUUGUCGUCGUUCAUGAUUAA